AAUAAAGACGUGUCUAGCCUUGAGUCACUUGAUUGUAGUUGAAGCAGCACCACCAGUAAUAGUAGUGUGGUUUAGCACUAUGGCACACAAAGGGAAGGCUACACCGUGGCGUAGUUGGAGCUUCACUUCAGCGUUUCUGCUAGUCUGUUUAGCACCCCUGACGCAGUCGUACAAUUUGAGAAAAGCACUUGGCAGAAAUAGAGAAAAUGGUCAUGAAGGAAAGAUUCUGUUUGGUAACUUCUUUGAGAAGGGGCGAACUGGUCUGCCAACAAGUAUACAUGCCAACUGGAAUGUUACCUCCUCUGCAGAAGAUGCCAUCGGUUAUCAAAAAGACUCGUCCGGGUGGUUCCAAGAUGAUCCCAGUGUACAAUGGAAGCACUUGGAGCUGUCAGUUCAAUGUGGUGCUUACCAGAUGAAGCUCGUAGCAAGGGAGCCAGAAGCGUCACAGUUGCAACUGGUCCAAAAAAACGCCAAGUCGCUUCCCUUGACUCAGCUCCCUGAAACCUGUGGCUACUCAAUCAGUCGAAACAAUGUAAUGCUUGUAAUGGUGGCUUCAUAUGACGGCUGUACAAUGAUGCAAGAGGACGGACGCUACAUCCUACCAAUGCUUUGGCAAAGAAGGCAUAUAAUGCUCUCAUGCCCCAUAAAAGAAAUGCAUCCAGCACCACCUAUGUCUCCAAGUCGACAAAUGUCCCCUAAACCAGCUGCCUUGCCCUAUCCAUACAACCAGUGGGCUAUGAGGCCUCCCUUCAACUAUUAUCCAUAUGGACAACAAGUAGUGCAUCAAGAGCCAGCCGAGACUGACCUCCCUACUACACAAGAACCCACGACGACAUCGCCAACACCACCCAAGGAGCAGCCAGCAAAAAGCCCACCAGCUUCUAAACCAGCUGGCUAUCCCCAUCCACAGUACCAGCGGCAUAUGAUGCCUCCCUUCCAACACUAUCCAUAUGGACAACAUGUGGUGCAUCAAGAGCCAGCCGAGACUGACCUCUCUACUACACAAGAGCCCACGACUACAUCGCCAACACCACCCAAAGAGCUGCCAGCAAAAAUGUCCCCUAAACCAGCUGCCUUGCCCUAUCCAUACAACCAGUGGGCUAUGAUGCCUCCCUUCAACUAUUAUCCAUAUGGACAACAAGUGCAUCAAGAGCCAUCCAUGACUGACCUCCCUACUACACAAGAACCCACGACGACAUCGCCAACACCACCCAAGGAGCAGCCAGCAAAAAGCCCACCUGCUUCUAAACCAGCUGGCUAUCCCCAUCCACAGUACCAGUGGGCUAUGAUGCCUCCCUUCCAACACUAUCCAUAUGGACAACAUGUAGUGCAUCAAGAGCCAUCCGAGACUGAGCUCUCUACUACACAAGAGCCCACGACAACACCGCCAACACCACCCAACACCACCCAAGAGCCCACGACUACACCACCAACGCCACCCAAGGAGCAGCCAGCAAAAAGCCCACCUGCAAAUAUUCCACCUGCUUCUAAACCAGCUGGCUAUCCCCAUCCACAGUACCAGUGGGCUAUGAUGCCUCCCUUCCAACACUAUCCAUAUGGACAACAUGUAGUGCAUCAAGAGCCAGCCGAGACUGAGCUCUCUACUACACAAGAGCCCACGACGACACCGCCAACACCACCCAAGGAGCAGCCAGCAAAAAGCCCACCUGCUUCUAAACCAGCUGGCUAUCCCCAUCCACAGUACCAGUGGGCUAUGAUGCCUCCCUUCCAACACUAUCCAUAUGGACAACAUGUAGUGCAUCAAGAGCCAGCCGAGACUGAGCUCUCUACUACACAAGAGCCCACGACUACAUCGCCAACACCACCCAAAGAGCUGCCAGCAAAAAUGUCCCCUAAACCAGCUGCCUUGCCCUAUCCAUACAACCAGUGGGCUAUGAUGCCUCCCUUCAACUAUUAUCCAUAUGGACAACAAGUGCAUCAAGAGCCAUCCAUGACUGACCUCCCUACUACACAAGAGCCCACGACGACAUCGCCAACACCACCCAAGGAGCAGCCAGCAAAAAGCCCACCUGCUUCUAAACCAGCUGGCUAUCCCCAUCCACAGUACCAGUGGGCUAUGAUGCCUCCCUUCCAACACUAUCCAUAUGGACAACAUGUAGUGCAUCAAGAGCCAGCCGAGACUGAGCUCUCUACUACACAAGAGCCCACGACGACACCGCCAACACCACCCAAUGAGCUGCCAGCAAAAAUGUCCCCUAAACCAGCUGGCUAUCCCCAUCCACAGGACCAGUGGGCUAUGAUGCCGCCCUUCCACAAUUAUCCAUAUGGACAAUAAGUAGUGCAUCAAGAGCCAUCCAAGACUGGUCACUCUACUACACUGGAGCCCUUGACACCGGAGCCACCCCCUUCGUCCCCCCCACUCAUUUUUGUACAUUAUCCCUAACAAUUCUACAGCCCUCAAUUCCACUAUCCACCAGUCUUCGACCGCCAACCUUGACUGGCCACCAUGGAACCAGAAUAACUUCUCCGUAGCCCUUCCCAUAUGUCCACUUGCACUACCUGCUACUUGAUGCACCUCUAUCCAGGCUAAAGCUUUCAAGUAUUUUGUCAAUAAAGCUUUGUAAAUUCAUUGUGGUCAGUCUUUCUUCAGGGCAAUGGAUAGUUCAAGCUGUAUGCUACUU